UCGUUUGUCAAUGCACCAGGCAACCAACUGCUAGGUGGGCUAGAGUGGAUGCUUAAGCGCGCACUCACCACAGAGGGCGGCCAGCGCUUGAAGCGUGCAGACGGGCAGUGGAGCGUCAAGGCAGUGCGGCAGUACUUACGGCAGGUUGACCGCUUCUUGGAGGUGCUACUCUGCAGCGUGCACGUCGCGUUAGGGCAGCCAGGGAGGGGGUCAGAGAUCACGACAAUUCAACACCACAACAGCGUACUGCAGGACUGCAACAUCUUUGUUGUAGAU